AUGGAAAUAAGACGUCUUCAAGCUAUUAUUCAUCUAGUUCCCCCAUACAUAGUCCAAAACAAACAGACGGAAUCGCUUACUGCUAAAAAAAUGCAUUCAUUUCAUUUUGGUAGAUAUCAACAUAUUUUGCCGUUUUGUCCCAACUAUCCUAGGGUUCAAGAAGAAUCACUUGUAAAAUGGAGACGAAAUAAAUGCCUGAAUGGAAUGGCUCAAGAAGGACAAAACAGAGUCUCACCAUUUUUAGCUAAGAAGAAAAAUAUUAUUAAUCUAAAGUUUGCUAAUAUCUUAAAUUCAAGGCUAAAAUGUCAAGUUCUCUUAAAAAUUGAUGAGACACAUUUUGUAGCUUUAAUAGCUAAGACGACAUUUUUUAAAUACACGGUCUUAUGA